GUGCAGGCGCCAAAGUGUUUUCUCAUGUCCGUAUGGUUUUGUAUACAUCGAUUAGCGGGCGAGUAUUGUACUUUCGCAAGUCUGCAUCGGGAGAAUUUACCGUUUUGGUCCAUCCUCACAUUUGCGUUCUUCUCCUUGGCAUUUUCCACCCUCGCAUGACUUUAUAUGUUAAUAUGUUAACAUUUUUGCGUAUGCUCUCGGGAGUUAUUAUUUUCCUUUUGCAUCCAUUUUUGUGUUACCCAUUCGCCGUCGGUUUUUUCUCAUCACCCCGUGUUACUUGAACAAUUUUUCGGCACGGCUUAGUCCUCUUUGUGUGGUCAAACGUAUGCGCCACCCUCCUUCCUUCUUUUCCCCCAAGAAAACAGCGAUCUUGUACCAACGACGAAUUCACCAUGCGAGGAAAACCCGAAUGCAGGCUUGCCGAAACAGAGUCAUAACCCCACGACUGCCACUUGAACGGAAGAGCGAAAAAUGGACGAGCCACAGGAACCCUUAAAGUUCUCCGACUUCACCCAGUCCAAACAUGGCAACAAGAGAAUCAGGAUAAACAAACCGAAUGGAGAUGUGAAAUAUUUGAUUUCCCGUUUUACGGACAACCGGGAAAUUAGCAAGUUAUCCGGCCCAGUGACAUUUAUCUCCAAAGACCUGCAUGAAGAAAGCCCCACAUCGAAUGACAAAAACAACAAUGCCUUUUAUUGGCUGCUAAAAAACUCAUCGAGUGGAAAGGGAAAAUCGCAUCACAAGUCAUACAUGUCCAAAAAGUGCAACAUGGACACAGAUGUAUUUUUUGUGCUGGUGGAAAAUGAAGAAUAUUCGGACAUUUACCCCGUGUCCAGUUGGCACGUCUUCGAACCGGACCUGUCGGCAAAAACGUUAAGCAAGUUUAACGUAGAGAACCCGCAAGAAAAAUUAAGAGCAGAACAAAACAACAGAAGGUUGGAUGAUAUAAUUGAGAGGUUAAAAAGUAAGGAAGAACAUAUGAAGGUAAAUUCCAAAGUGAGGGAAGAAGGAAAUAAAAAAAAAAAAAAAAAAAAAAAAAUUGUAAAUUCAGACUCAUCUUCUUCAUCCUAUGAAGAUGACGAUUUAGGAUUAAAAAAACAAGAAAAAAAACGUAUAAAAAAUUUGUACAAAUUAAGAAUGAGAGAAAAUCACGAUAAAAUUGAUUAUGUUGAUUCAGCUCUUUCCAUUACUGCCUUGAGAAAAAGUAAAGUCAAUUGGGAUUACAAUAAUGAUGGAAAAAAGAGCGAUGAUGAAGACAUAAAUUUGGACGAUUCUGGACAGGAAGAAUUUGAUGAUGAUGACAAUAAUGAUGAAAAUGAUGAUUCGGACAACAACUCAGAUAUGGACCUUUCCCGACUGACCACCUACGGACAGACUAUGAAGUCUCUGCUGAAGCAGCAAGUGCAUGAUGAGGAGGACGACGAAUUGAAGCAGUACUCCGAUGACGACAGUGAUGAGGAGGACGAUGACGAUGAAGAUGAUGAGGACUCCGAUGAAGAGUUAGAGGAGGAUGACGAAGUUGAUGACAGAACUGGAAACAUGGCUAAGAAAAACCUAGCCGCCAAAAAAAGAAUGUUAAAAAUAGAGGCACAAAGGAAGGCCAAAAAAGGUGUUGCUCUGAACAAACCGCAAAAGGAUAAGCGCCACGUACAAGACGAUGAGGACGAUGAAGACGACGAUGAUAGUGAUGAGGAAGAAGAAAGUGAAGACGAUGAGGAAGAUGAAGAAGACCACUACCAAGGGGACAAAAAAAUUAGCCCAAAUAAAAAGCAACCCCUACAGAAUACCAAAGCAAACACCAUCAACGAAUUCAUUAAGGAAAAAAUUAAAAACAAAGAACUACAAAUAAAGGAAGAAAACUGUGCCAAAAUUUUACUAAAGCUCAUUGAAAAAAAUAAUGGAAAAAUGGACAUCUUGACUCUCCUGGAUGUUUUAAACAUUAAAGAAAAAAACCAGAGCUUCUUAAUCGUCCAAAAGUAUAUAAAAAAUUUGUGCAACAUUAGCUCACAGACGAUUAACAAUAGGAAGGUAAAAAUGGUAUCUGUGAAGCCGAAGUUUGUCUCCAAGAAGUAG